AUGUUCGGCAUCCUAGAUUUUGCCAUCAAAAACCGAACGAAAUUCAACAAUGCUCCCUUUCCGCCACGCCUACCCAUCCUCCUGUCUAAACCCCCCCACCAUCGUCACCUUGCCUGGAACUCACUCCCUCCUGGCAUAUCCAAAACAUUUUUGUCUGUCUAUCUUUGGGUACUUUUGUUUAAGAGUAGAAAUUUAACAUCAUUUCCGAAAUUUGCGACCACUGCUAUACCGGCCUGUAGAUGGAAACGAAAAUCUAUCUAUCUAUCUAUCUAUCUAUCUAUCUAUCUAUCUAUCUAUCUAUCUAUCUAUCUCAUCUUUUUCUCUAUCUAUCUAUCUAUCUAUUCUAUUUCUAUCUAUCUCAUUUUUUAUUCUGUUUUAUUUGUUUAUAUCUAUCUAUCUAUGUAUCUGUCUCAGUCUGUUCAUUAUCUAUCUAUCUAUCUAUCUAUCUAUCUAUCUAUCUAUCUAUCUAUCCAUCUAUCUAUAUAUAUAUAUAUCUCAACAGUCAUUAUCUCUAUUUGUAUCUUCAUUCAUAAUUUUUUUUAUUUUGAAUUUGUUUAUUUCAUCUAUCUCAUAUCUCAGUCUGUUCAUAUUAUCUGUCAUUUCAUCUAUCUAUCUAUCUAUUUCAUAUUAUUAUCUAUCUAUCUAUCAUCAGCCUCAUCUAUCUAUCUAUCUAUUAUUUAUCUUUUUUCUAUAUAUCUAUCUAUCGCAAACUUUUCGUUAACGCAUCUAUCUUUUAUCACAAACUUUUAUAUAUCUAUCUAUCAAUCUAUCUAUAUAUAUUUAUUCUAA